UCCAGCAGUAAUUGCUUGCAAAUGCACAUCAAAUGCAUUGCAUGCGCAUUUUAUAAAACAUACCUUUUGAGAUGCUAAAGUGCCACUCAAUUUCCCCUCCAUUUUUUCGCUUUCUUGUCCUCUCUCUCUCCUCGUUUGCUCCUGCAUACUUCCAGCUCGGAGGUCCAUGUACCAUGUACUCUCUCUCUCUGGCUCUCUCACAUCGUUAGGGUUCACUAACCUCUCCCUCUCUCUGUAUGAUCAAAAUAUCCAUUUUUGGUAGAUUUCAGAGAAAUGGGAGAUCGAGAACUGAAUUUCUGCUGCAGAUUUCAGAACCUCUCUGAGAUUUCCUGCGGGCGUUUCACAUAAAAAAAUAUUUUUAGGGUUUCUGAAGCAGCUUCCCUUUCUAUCUGAUUCUGAGUAAAGAUGCCAGCUCACGGUUUUUCUUCGAAAUCGGAGAAGAACGAGGCUGCGAAGCAAAAGCGGAGAGAUCCUUAUGAGGUCCUUGGCGUUUCUCGCAACUCUACGGAUCAGGAAAUUAAGAGCGCCUACCGAAAGAUGGCUCUUAAGUACCAUCCUGACAAAAACGCAAAUGAUCCUAAGGCAGCUGACAUGUUUAAAGAGGUCACAUUUUCCUAUAAUAUUCUGUCUGAUCCAGACAAACGACGUCAGUAUGACACGUCUGGCUUUGAUGCUAUAGAAUCAGAUAGCCAAGAAUUGGAGCUAGAUCUUUCAAGCUUGGGAGCAGUGAACACCAUGUUUGCUGCAUUGUUUAGUAAACUUGGUGUGCCUAUUAAGACUACUGUAUCAGCAACUAUUUUGGAGGAAGCACUCAAUGGACUAGUUACCAUUCGUCCUCUUCAGCUAGGGCAACCUCUGUUUAGGAAGGUUGAAAAACAAUGUGCUCACUUCUAUUCUGUAACAAUAACAGAACAGGAGGCACAAGCUGGGUUUGUUUGUAGAGUGCAGUCGCCAGAUAAAAGCAAAUUCAAGCUAUUGUACUUUGAGCAGGAAGAUAAUGGUGGUUUAAGUCUUGCAUUACAGGAGGAUAGUGCAAAAACAGGAAAAGUUACAUCUGCUGGGAUGUACUUUCUUGGUUUUCCUGUUUACCGGUUGGAUCAAACAGUCAACUUGAUGGCAGCUGCCAAAGAUCCUGAUGCAGCCUUCUUUAAAAAAUUGGAUGGAUUCCAGCCAUGUGAAAUAACUGAGUUACAAGCUGGCACUCACUUCUUUGCUGUUUAUGGUGACAAUUUUUUCAAAAGUGCAAGCUAUACAAUAGAAGCUAUUUGUGCUGCACCAUUUUCAGAGGAAAAGGAGAAACUCAGAGCUGUAGAAGCCCAAAUUCUAAGUAAGAGGGCAGAACUUUCCAAGUUUGAAACAGAGUACAGAGAGGUUUUGUCACAAUUUACAGAGAUGACUAGUAGAUAUGCUCGGGAAAUGCAAGCAAUAGAUGAUCUUCUUAAACAAUGGAAUGGAAUUCGAGCUCUGUACUCUACAUCUCCACCUCUGAAACGGAGUUCAAGUAGGAGCAAACCUAGAGGUUCCUUCAAGGAAUCAAAGGGGGAAGAUGAUUGCCAAGCAAAGGAUAAAAAGCCCAUGACAAGGGAUCGGUCAAAGAAGAAGAAAUGGUACAAUUUACACUUGAAGGUGGACAAGAGGAAGCCUUGUUGAAUAUGUUUCAUCCUGUAGGGGUGUAUUUACUUGAACAAUUGUGGAGAAACUUCCACCAGCAGCUUAUUGUUGAUGAUUCUACUGUAUCUGUGCUCGUAUGUUCUUCCAUAGCAAUGGCUAUGCUUUCACGCAGGUAUGAAACCAAACAAUUUUCUCCUGUCCAAGCCUGUACGGACAAACAACAGAGUGGAGGCAAAGGUUCUUGUAGAAUGUCUUCACUACUGCAGCAUGUAAAGGGUAGCAGAUAUUUUGUUAUGAAAAGCUUCUUUUUCUCCGGGUGCCUUGGGUCAGAGUUGUAUUUUUUUAUCCUUUAUUGUGCUUUUUUUUUGCCAUGAAUAGAAUGGCGAAACAGGAUUCAUGUAGCUGACCGAUAUGAUUGGGGUAAAGCUUAGAUGAUGAUGACGAUUGUGGUUUUUUACCAUACGUUGUUAUCGUGUAUGAUGUGUAUCAGGAAUUGCUGUGAAUUAUAACCUAUCAUGCGUCUUGCAUGUAUUUUUAUAUUUCCAGUACACUGCUUUUUCUUUCA